CUUUUAUCUGAACCUACCUAACAACUUCAAAUUCUAGUUCAAACUAUCAAUAUAGAUAUAUUAAUAAAACUAGUAUCUAAUAUAAGCCUAUUUUGUAUUUUUUCUCCCAUAAAUCAUAUUUUUAAAGCUCUAUCUCUGUCUCUAUAAAGAAAUAACUACCAAAUAGUUUACCCAAAAAAUGGUAUAUAAAGGUAUAUGUGGCAACGUGGCGGGUUCCGUAUUUAAAAGUUAAAAGCGCGAAAAUGGAUAGGUAUUUUUGACAACGCGACCGCGAGUGAAUCAUUCCUAAACUAUUGUGCUCUGAAAUUUGUUUAUUUAAUUGUACUUCAUGUGUAUAUUUUGUUAAAGUUCUUCGGUGCUUUCUUUACAACUUAUUACCUGAUUAUUAUUAGCACGUUGCAGAAAAGCUUAUUUUCUUGUGAUAUAUAGUUCAUUGCACAUUAAAAAUAAUGGGUCGAGAGCUUCAGAAAUUUGUCGAUUCCCAGUUAAAAUUCGAUAGUGAAUUAACAAGAGGUGUUAAACAGUAUGAAUAUUUAUUUAAUGUAAAUCACGAAUUGUUUAAUAAUAAACUUCUAAGGUCAAAGGCCUGGGAAUCUAUUGGUCAUAAAUUAGGAAAAACAGCCGCUUACUGCGAGACUCGUUGGGUUUGUAUCAUCAACAGAUUAUGGGAAGAACUUUGUUGGCAGCAAAGAUUCAAAAGUACCUCAUUUUGGUUGCUAUUUCCACAAUUAGAAUUUAUAUAUAAUAAUUCUGCUAAUUGGCCAUAUAUAGAAUUAGAGGUUCCUGUUGAAUAAACAAGAAAAAAGUAGAAAUAAUAAAUAUUAUCUGAAGUGCCCCAAACAUAUUACAAAAAAGAUUGUGCCUUUAUCCUAGUAUAGGAUGAGUUUUGUAUACUGUAGUUAUUGAAAAGCUACAUAUCAUGAGAGGAUGUUAUAGCAAAUAAGUCUAAAACAUUUAUUCAUUGUUAUAUCGAAUAUUAUCAUAUACCUAUAUUAUGUUAAUUAUACUUAUAUAUAAAAUAUUUUUACACAUUUAUAUACCUAUUUAUAAAU